AUGCAGUUCAACGCCAGCAUCCUCACCCUCCUCAUGGCUACCCUCGCCGCUGCCCAGCCUGUUUCUCAAAACCCUUCUGCCCUCUCUUUCGAGAAGCGUGGCCAGGAAGACCAGUGUGGUGAUUCCACCUUUGAGAACAAGUCCUCCGGCGGCUCCCCCAAGGUUUCCGACUGUCAACAAAUCGCCCGAAACAUCGCCGGCGGCGGCAAGUGGACUGUCGGUGCUGGUGGUGAGCACCACCAGCUUGUCCAAUACGGAACUUGCGCCUUCGGAGCCCAGGGAGCCGGAUCAAACAUGAACGCUGCUUUCAUCGGCAACACUGAUAUCAUUGACCUCAUCAACGACUCCAUCAGGAGAUUCGAGUGGAACGGACUCGUUGGCGCCAGCGGUGUUAUGGGCUGCCGAAGCAUGACUGGACUCGUUGGGGGUGUUAACAUGCGCUGGGGCAUCUACCACAACUAA